AUGGAGCUCCCCUCUGCACGCGAGAUCGAGCUGGAGACUCUGCUGAGGCAACGGGACACACAGAUUGCUGAACUCACGGACGAGGUCACACACCUGCGCCAGUAUCUCUCGACACAACCCGCCCCAUCCACGGCGGACCCCAUCACACUUCCUCCAGCACUUGUAUCCAUUCUGUUGCCCCAUAUCAACGGCCGUUCUACGGCCGCCACAUCGACGUCGAACACAGUGAGUGCCCUCACCCAGAGAGCCAAGGUUCUGCAAGAAGAAAACGACGAGCUGUAUGAGCUGCUCAAGAUUGGCGAGACGGGGAGACUGAAGGACGACGUGCGCGCUCUGCGUCGAGUGGUCGUGAAAUUGGAGGGCGCGCUUAAAGGUGUGUCAGGCGCGCAGCGUCUCCCGCUCACAGGCGGCGACGCCAACUGA